CCGUAACUAUUAACCGGUAUCAUUUUAUGAAGUACAUGGGUCUGUUAUGUUAUGUUCACUUAUUUUAGGUGUAAUAAGUUCAGUUCAAGUUUAAUAAGUUUUGAUAAGAGUUACCCAUGUACAAUUAUAACUAAAAUAAGUUCUGAUAAGUUUUAAUAAGUUAAGAUAAGCUCAGGUAAGUUAAGAUCAGUGAAAAUAAGGUGAAUUAAACACAUUUAUUGUUUUUUUCUCAUGAAUAUUCAUUUUUUUUUUUGUAUAAAUUUACUUUUGAUUCCAAUUGCAGUAAUAAGAAAUUAAGAAUAAAUAGCCUCACCUAGUGUUUAACGUUAAUAGUACCAAGGUUCAAAUUACCAAGUUUCAGACCAAAAAAUUGGCACCAAACUUUUGAAAAUUUCAGAUUAAUUUGUUCCAAAAUUUCCCGGCAAAAUUUGCAAUCGUUGAAAAUAAUUGGCGGGAUUUUGUAUAAUCCAUGAAAUAAAAAACGACCCUAAAAUACCAUCCUUCUUCAUUCACCAUUAACCCUCGUUUCUCUCUCUAACUUCCCUUUCUCUCUCUACCUCAUUCUCACCUUUUUUUUUUGCUCAACAAUGGCGGAAUCUCAAGCUCGCAAUGCUCAUUUUCUCAAUCCUUGGGCUCUUCAUCUUCAAAAAUUAGGGCUUGAAUUAAAAUGCUCUCUUUGCUUGAAGGAGUAUAAUAAACCAAUGUUGUUACCUUGUGACCACAUUUUCUGCAGUUCUUGUGUACCCAAAUCGAAUUUAUUUGGUUUAGAUUGCCCCCUUUGCAAAGUACCCUAUGUUGAACAAGAUCUAAGGCGAGCGCCUUUUAUUGAAAAUGUGGUGAGCAUCUACAAGAGUAUGGAUGCAUCUUUCUCUACUCAUAUGCUUAAUUCAGAUUCCAGAAGGGGUAAUACAAAAUUUUCCAAUCAGGUCAAAAGACAGAUUGAAUCCUCUCCACCGGGGAACUCAAAUAGCGGUACAUGUGGGAAUAUGGAGCAAUAUGAGGCUGUUGAUGUGGAAAUGAAUCAGAUGGAGUCGUCUCCGGACAGUCCUCCAUCCUCUGAUGUUAGCAAGGGCGUCGAUGCUAACUGUCGUGAGCCAGGAAGCAGCUAUGAUUCUGUAGGUAAAUGUCCAACAAAGAAAUCUGCCAAGAGAACUGCUGAUGAUUAUGGAGUUCAAGAGAAAAGUAGUGAUCAAUUUGGAAAGAAGCAAAAGCAGCUACUAAGCCAAGGUCAGCCACAGAAUUGCCAGGGUAGUAUGACACCAUCAACUGCCGAACUGCAAAUUGCUGCUUCUGCUGGCUCUGACAUGACCAACACUGGGAAAGAUUCUAGCAACCAAGUAGUCAUAUAUGAUACUGCAAAUUUAAUUAAUUAUGUAUGUGCAUUUUGCCAUACUUGGAAGACAACAGAGGGUAGUGGACCAAUGCAGCAUUUUGAUAAUGAACGAGAAGUUUUUGGCAGUGAGGCUGGCCAAUCUCAUAUAAUGCAUGUGCACCAAAGCUGCAUAGAAUGGGCACCUCAAAUCUAUUACGAGAAUGACACUACAAUGAAAAAUUUAGAUAAAGAACUUGCUAGAGCUGGAAAACUCAAGUGCACCAGCUGUGGGCUCAAGGGAGCUGCUCUUGGUUGUUUUGCGAAAUCCUGUCGGAAAACUUAUCAUGUCCCUUGUGCAUAUGAGAUUGCUGGAUGCAGAUGGGAUAUGGAUAAAUUUCUGAUGCUUUGUCCUGCUCAUGCUUCCCAAAAGUUCCCUGGCGAGAGGUUCAAAAAGCCUGUAGUGAAAAAGUGCUCAUCAACUCAAAUAUCUAUUGAGCAGAAAAGCGUAUGUGACUUAGAUUUUUGGGCUACAUCACCUACUGGAGCCAAGAAUUGGGUUCUAUGUGGAUCUGCCCUUUCUGCAGAUGAAAAGUAUAAGUUGGUGAAGUUUGCAAACUUAUGUGGAGCAACAGUGACAAAGGCAUGGACCCCAGAUGUUACUCAUGUUGUUGCAGCAACAGAUGCAAAUGGUGCUUGUAGUAGGACACUGAAAGUUCUCAUGGCCAUUCUUAAUGGGAGAUGGGUGCUUAAUAUUGAUUGGGUUGAAGCAUGCAUGCAAUCAAAAUGUCCUGUAGAUGAAGCAACGUAUGAAAUUAUCCUCGACAAUCAUGGCUGCUGUGAUGGUCCCAAAACUGGCAGGCUCAGGGUUUUGAAAAAUGCACCACAGCUUUUCAGCAGCUUGAGAUUCUUUUUCAUUGCCGGCUUUGUGGAAGCAUACAAGAAUGAUCUGCAAAAUCUGGUAAAAGCAGCAGGAGGUACUAUCCUCAAGAGUGAAGAACAACUGCAACAAUUUAACAAUGAAUCAAGUCAUCCAUCGACUACAAUACUAGUUUAUAAUGAUGAUACAACAGGAGAGGUUAAUGAGGUCUUGCAACAACAAUUAAUGGUACAGCAGCUAGCUCUAGAGAAUGGUUCUCAGGUGAUCGCUCAUACAUGGAUUUUGGAUUCGAUUGCGUCAGGUGCAUUGCAGCCCUUUGUUUAAAAAUAAAAACUGAAAAGGAACAUCUCUAUUAAUGUAUAGGGUUUAGUAUAGUACAAAAAUAUUUAGACUAAGUAAGUUAUGGAUGGGUCUUUGAGGUACGAGGGUUCUGUCCUCCCACUUAGAACUACAAUAGCUUUGUAACUUGUAAGACAGCUAAUAAUUAUUGAUAGGUUAUUGUUG